AUGUUUGUCGGCAAGGCCCUCGCGGCCGUCCUUACAGCUGCUGGAGUGCUCCUCCAAGAUGCGAUUGCGCACUCCGUAAAACGGAACCCUCUUUCAACCGUAGCCCGGAUCGAAGAUGUUGUAAUUCAGACAACAUCGCACCGAGUGCAUGCGCACUCGUCCUUCGAUGUCACAUUUGCCCUCUCCCCCACCCGCCAGAAAGUUCGCUUGUCGUUAGAACCGAAUCACGACUUGUUCAGCGGGGAUGCGACGAUCCAAUACCUUGGCGCCGAUGGCACCGUACGCAACAGCAAGCCCAUCGACAAGCGAGACCACAGGGUGUUCAAGGGUGAGAGCUUUGUCCAACUAGACGGAGAGUCGCAAUGGAGGCAUGCGGGCUGGAGUCGGAUCAAUGUGCGCCGCGACGGUGAAAAGCCGAUAUUCGACGGCGUGUUCACUAUCUACGACAAUCAUCACCACAUCCAGACCAAGACAGCUUACCGCCAGACUGCUGUCAGCGGGGACCCUGGUCUCGAUGAUGUAGAUGACGAUGAGUACAUGGUCGUUUGGCGGGAUACCGAUAUCCAACCCACAGACCGCGACGAAUUGCGACGCGACUUGGGCAGCGCCGCGACAUGCGGAUCCGACGAGUUGCUCUACAACAGGGUCGAAAACAAUAUUGUCUAUCGGAGUCUGGAGGAGGCCGCCCAGGAUGCCAAUUCCUGGCGAAUGAGUCCCAGGGCACUAUUCGGACGGCAGAUCGACUCGACUCCUGGCGGCAACGGUGCUGGCGUUAACCUGGCAAACUCGAUCGGAUCAACAGCGGGCUGCCCGGCAACGAGGAAGGUUGCUCUGGUCGGCAUUGCUACCGACUGCACCUACACCGCCAAGCUUGGGGACGGGGAGGCCGUGACAUCAAACGUCAUUCAGAUUGUGAACGCGGCCUCGCAGCUCUACGAGAACUCUUUCAACAUAUCUCUAGCCAUUGGGAACCUGACCAUCAGCGAGGCAACGUGUCCCAACUCCCCUCCGUCUACGGCCCCUUGGAACCAGCCCUGCAGCGACAGCGUCCCUAUCCAGACACGGCUUAGCCUGUUUUCCCAGUGGCGCGGACAGUGGUCCGAUAACAAUGCCUACUGGACUCUCCUGUCCACGUGCGGUACCGGCCCUGCCGUCGGCCUGGCCUGGCUUGGCGCCAUCUGCCAGCAGGGAGCUUCGACGCGGGAUAACGAGACCAGUGCGUCUGCAAACAUUGUUGUCCGAACCUCGCCCGAAUGGCUGGUGUUUGCCCACGAGACGGGCCACACAUUUGGCGCCGUCCAUGACUGUGUCGAUCAAACUUGCAAUGACGGGUCCGUCACGAGACAGGAGUGCUGCCCCUUGAGCAGAGGCACUUGCGAUGCCGGAUCUCAGUUCGUCAUGAACCCCUCGACAGGCAAUAGCAUCACCAGGUUCUCGCCCUGCAGCAUCGGCAACAUCUGCAGCUUCCUUGGCCGCAGCCCGAACCGCCUGGGCUGCCUGACCGACAACAGGGGCGUGACUACAUUCACCGGCGCGCAGUGCGGCAACGGGAUUGUCGAGCACGGUGAAGACUGCGACUGCGGCGGGGCGGAUGGCUGCGCCGGCAACUUCUGUUGCGACCCUACCACAUGUAAGUUCACCUCCGGCAGCGUGUGCGACCCAAGCAACGAAGAAUGCUGCACCCCGCAGUGCGGCUUCCAGACCAACGGUACCGUCUGCCGGCCCAGCACCGGCCCCUGCGACCCGCAGGAAGUCUGCUCCGGCACCUCGGCUGGCUGUCCCACGGACCUGACUGCGCCGGACGGCCAGUCCUGCGGCAACGACGGGCUGGCCUGUGCAUCCGGCCGGUGCACGUCGCGCAACCUGCAAUGCCGGACCUUUAUGGGCGCCGACGCGACCACCUCGUGCUCCAGCUCGGGCUGCCGGCUGUCUUGCCACUCGUCGCAGCUCGGCCCGAACGAGUGCUUCGUUUACAACCAGUACUUCCUCGACGGCACCCCCUGCGAAGGGGGCGGCAAGUGCUCCAACGGCAAUUGCCAGGGCGGCUCCCUCUGGAACCGGAUCGUCGAGUGGAUCAACAACAACAAGCAGAUCUCCAUCCCUGUCUUCUGCGUCGCUGGCGGGCUGCUGCUCCUCGCCAUUUUCAGCUGCUGCUGGUCCUGCUUCUCGCGGCGGAGAAGGCGGCGGGUCCCCAAGAUACCGUCGCCGCCUCCUCCCCGCGGGUGGAAUGCAAGCGGGGGGGCCGUGAGAACACCGCCGCCCAUGGCGCAGCCCGGAGCUUCCUACGCUCCUGUCCCCGGUCAGGAUGUGCCGCCGCAGGAUAUGAGGUGGGAGCCGCUGCGGACGAGAAGUUUCCGCUAUGCGUGA